AGUCUUUUCCGCGCUACUCUUCUGUGCAAACUCGCCAACGCAUCCAUCCGUCCCGAAAACAGCAUUCAGUCAACAAGCUAGAAGUUUUGUAGCCUAGCAGUUGUGAGCAUGCACAACAGCGACCGAAAUAAGGAUUCAAGAAGAGCAUGGAAAAAUUACCAACACUUUUACAAAUGCACUUUAUAUUUAUUCGUCUUUAGUCUGGAACUAAAGAGGAGCGUUUCAGGGCCGGUGGAUGAGUUUGCGUUCUACCAUGAGGGAGCUCAGGGCUGCCUGGGGGUCCAAGACCAAUCCCUGCUCCUGUCGACCUCCUGCGAGGACGCCAGCCAGCGCUGGAAGUGGGUGACACGUGAUCGCCUCUUCAACCUGGGCUCUUCGCUGUGUCUGGGCCUGACCACGGGAAACAGCAGCUCCCGGGGAGAAGGCUCUCCUCUGGGCGUGUACCCCUGUGACUUUGCGCCGCCCCGGGUCCGCUGGACCUGGCAAUGUUCCCAGGUGGUGGAGGCCCUGAACUCAUACCUGCCGUCACCUUCCCCUCCGGCCCAGGCCAACGCCAGCACAGAGGCCUCAGCAGUCAAGCCCCAGGCAGAGGGGCUCAAAUGGAGGCUCUACAGUGAUGAACAGGACCUGUGCUUGAUAACCUACCAUGAGAUAUAUACCAUCCAGGGGAACUCUCACGGUCGGCCCUGCUACCUGCCCUUCCUGUAUGACGGCCAGUGGUUCCACAGCUGCACGAGUAUAGGACGAGAGGAUGGCCACCUGUGGUGUGCCACCACCUACAACUACGGCAAAGACGAGCGUUGGGGCUUCUGUCCUGUCAAGAGCAACGACUGUGAGACGUUCUGGGACACUGACCCGCUGACCGACAGCUGCUACCAGUUCAACUUCCAGGCCACCCUGUCCUGGUCUGAGGCCCGCAUCAGCUGCCAACAGCAGGGGGCAGACCUGCUCAGCAUCACCAAGCUGCACGAGCAGACCUACAUCAACGGUCUUCUGACGGGCUACAGCGCUGCGCUGUGGAUUGGCCUCAACGACCUGGACAUCCAGGGGGGCUGGCAGUGGGCUGAUGACUCACCGCUCAAAUACCUCAACUGGGAGGCUGACCAGCCAUCCCAUGCCGAGGAGGAGAACUGUGCUGUGAUAAGGACAGAGUCUUUGGGCCGGUGGCAGAACAGAGACUGCUCCAUAGCCCUGCCUUAUGUCUGCAAGAAGAGACCCAACGCCACCCUGGACCCCUUCACCACCGACUCAUGGGCGGAUGAUGAGAAGUAUGAGUGUGAUGGGGGCUGGCAGGCCUUCCAGGCAGGCUGCUACAAGCUGACCUCUGAGAAGAUGGACUGGGACGGAGCGCAGAAGUCCUGUCAGAAGAUGGAGGCCAGCCUGGUUAGCAUCCACACCCUGCCUGAGCUUGAGUUCAUCAUAAACAACCUGAAGAGAGGUGAGGAGAACCGGAAAACUGACGGAGCCGAGAAUAUAUUUUUUUUCCGAAGAGGAGACGCCACAGAGCUGACCGGGGAACGCUGGCCCAUCCUGGUCACGCCACAGAGCUGA